GGGAGGUCACGUGACCGGUGAGCGGAUACAUACAUUGGGGGAGAGUACAGCGGAGGGAGGAAGUCAUGUGAUCGCAGAGUGGAUACAAUGGCGCGGUGAUGGUGCACGGCUUUGUCAUCCACACGGUGGGCGCCGGUCCCGGGGAGGGCCCCGAUCUCUGCCGAGUUCUCUACUCUCACCUGUUCGGCUGCAACCUCCUGGAGGAGAAGCUGAGGGCGGAUGAGGUGGCUUUGGAGAAGGACAGAGCCAGGAGGAUGGAUCAGAUCGCCGUGGUAGCCAGGCAGACUGAGUCGAUGUGUCUUCUGAGGCGCCAGGUGUCCGGUCGGCCAGCCAGUGACUUCAUCAUCCAGUCAGUGGACGAGCCAGUGUCCUUUCAUGAGGAGGAGGUCGGGAUGUAUGGUCUGGUAGCGGGAGAUCCCUUCCCCCAGGAGAUGACCGUCCUCUGGAUGGGGUGCUUCUCUCUGGGCUUCUCCCUGAUCUGCGACUCCCUGGACAACCUGACCUUGGCGGAGAGCACGCUGAGGAUGCUGGUGAGGUAUCUGGUGGAUUCCCUGAAGCUCCUCACCAACAGCACCAAUGUCAUCCUCCGAGCGGACAAGAUCCACCUGAGUCUGGACAGGUUCAUUCCUCAGGGGCACCUACUGUUCCUCAACCACCAGGCCAGCCAGGCGCUGGAGAAGGAGCUGAACAACUCCAUGACCCUGUAGGGUGGGCGAUAGACGGACCUACACUGGGAUCUGACCAGGGAAGAUCCACCAGAAGACAUCCUGGUUCUUACUCUUUGUAGGACCUGAAGCUGCAGGGCGACCAAUCCAACCCAGACUUCAGAUCUCACCAAUUCCAAUCUGGUUGGAUGAUGUACAGCGACACAAACAGCACUUCUAGAAAUCUAGAUUCUUUUUUUUUUUAAAUAAAUAUAAAUGUGGCCUAAUCACA